UCCGCGUUCUGAGUCGGGAUUGGUGGGAGCUAAUCCUGGGCUCAGAUUGCUUCACUGAAGUGGAGACGCAUUCCAGGCAGAAACAAGUAUCUGUGCUGUAAUCUAUACCGCAUGGAUAGGUCUGGUUAGCGCCACAUUAUUUGACUGAAGUCUUGAGACAGGUCAAUUCAGUGACGUUAUUCUUCCGCCAUUCACGUUUACGCGACACAUUCACGCAUAAAAUUAUUUUAUAUAUUUUUUUAGGUUUUAUUAUAUAUAAACCUCCUGUGCAUUUCAUACUACGUUAAUGUGAUUAUUCAGCCGGUGCCACGUUGUAGGUGCUAGGAAACUGCUUAAAUAUAAAGGUACAGUCAUGCUGCGUCUCAUCAGGAGCCAGGGCCGAGGGUUUAGGGGCUGUGUGUGCUGUCAGCGGAGGUUUCAGCAUCACCAUCAUCACCAUCAGAAUCACAAGAGUGUCAUAGCCAUCCGCCGCGAGGAUGUCAACGUGUGGGAGAGACGCGCGCCUCUGGCACCACGACACGUCAGGGAGAUCACAGCAGCUGGGCAUAAGGUGCUCGUCCAGCCCUCCAACAGACGGGCCAUCCACGACAGAUACUAUGAAAAAGCAGGCGCUAUUAUCCAGGAGGACAUCUCAGAGGUGUCUCUCAUCAUCGGUGUGAAAAGGCCCCCGGAGGAAAAGGUGUACCCCCACAAGACCUAUGCCUUCUUCUCUCACACAAUUAAAGCACAAGAGGCAAACAUGGGGCUCCUAGAUGACCUUCUUAAAAAGGAAGUUCGACUCAUUGAUUAUGAAAAACUGGUGGACCCCAAUGGCUACAGAAUUGUAGCAUUUGGGCAGUGGGCUGGUGUUGCUGGAAUGAUUAACAUUUUACACGGUCUGGGUCUGCGUUUUCUUGCUCUUGGACACCACACCCCAUUUAUGCACAUUGGUAUGGCGCACAACUACAGAAAUGUCAGCCAGGCCAUCCAGGCAGUGAGGGAUUGUGGGUAUGAAAUAUCCUUAGGUCUGAUGCCCAAGUCUAUUGGACCUCUCACAUUUGUGUUCACUGGCACCGGCAAUGUGUCCAAGGGCGCCCAAGACAUUUUUAACGAGCUCCCCUGUGAGUACGUGGAGCCUCAUGAGUUGAAAGAAGUCUCAGAGAGUGGAGACAUGACCAAAGUGUACGGCACAGUGAUCAGCAGACACCACCACCUGAUAAGAAAGAGCGACAGACUUUACGACCCCCUGGAGUACGAAAACCAUCCUGAGCUUUAUACGUCACACUUCAGGGAGACCGUGGCCCCUUACACAACCUGCCUGAUAAACGGCAUAUACUGGGACCCUCACACACCCAGACUGCUGCGGCGACUGGACGCCCAACGACUGAUUAGACCCAUUAUACCUGCAUCAUCAUCACCUGAUCACGGCUGCCCUGCACUUCCCCACAAAUUUUUGGCCAUUUGCGACAUCUCUGCGGACACAGGCGGCUCCAUUGAGUUCAUGACUGAGUGCACCACUAUUGAGAAGCCCUUCUGCAUGUAUGAUGCCAACCAGCAUAUUGACCAUGACAGUGUCGAAGGUAAUGGCAUUCUCAUGUGCUCCAUCGAUAACCUACCCGCCCAGCUGCCCAUUGAGGCGACCGAGUAUUUUGGGGACCGGCUGUUCCCUUACAUCUGGGAGAUGCUCCCAUCAGACGCCACCAGACCGCUAGAGGAAGAGGACUUCUCUCCACAAGUCAGAGAUGCUGUAAUUACCUCCAAUGGGAAGUUGACGCCUAAGUUUGAAUACAUCCAGAAACUUCGAGAAAGGAGGGAAUCGGAGCAGAUUCUAAAGAAAGGAGGAAUGAAGCGGGUGCUUUUGCUGGGUGCAGGCUAUGUGUCUGGGCCAGUUAUCAAGUAUCUCACCAGAGACGCUGGCACUCAGGUCACAGUGGCAUCAAAUCUGUUGAAUCAGGCUGAGGACAUGGCAGCCAAGUACACCAACACCAUCGCCGUGAUGCUGGACAUCACCUGCCAGGAAAGCCACCUCGAGUCUCUGAUCAAAGACCACGACAUCGUCAUCAGCAUGCUGCCGUAUGCAUUUCAUCCACAAGUAGCUAAGCACUGCAUUAAAAUGAAGGUGAACAUGGUGACCGCCAGUUACUUGAGCCCAGCCAUGAAGGAGCUUCAGAAGAAUGCUGAGGAUGCUGGCAUCACCAUCGUCAAUGAGAUGGGUCUGGACCCUGGCAUUGAUCACAUGUUGGCCAUGGAGUGCAUCGACCAGGCCAAGGCAGACGGUUGCACUGUGGAAUCGUACAGCUCUUUUUGUGGUGGUCUUCCUGCCCCAGAGUGCUCGGACAACCCACUGCGUUAUAAGUUCAGCUGGAGUCCGUACGGCGUCCUGCUCAACACCAUCAGUCCAGCCAUCUAUCUGAAAGACAAUCAGGUGGUCAGUGUUCCUCCCGGCGGGGCUCUCCUGGAUGUCACAAAGCCCAUGGACUUCAUGCCCGGUUUCAACCUGGAGGGCUUCCCCAACUGGGACAGCACCAAAUACGCACAGCCGUACGGGAUUGAAUCUGCGCACACGCUCAUCAGAGGAACUCUGCGCUUCAGGGGCUUCUCCUCUGCAAUGAAUGGCUUCGUCAAACUGGGACUCAUCAACACGGAGCCCUGUCCACUGCUGGGACACACGGCUUCUCCUGUCUCAUGGAAAGAGCUUCUCUGUAGGCAGAUUGGCUUGUCCACAUCUGUGAGCAGCAGUUUCUUUGAAGACACCGUUUAUGAGCGGGUCGGACGGGAUGACUUCAGAAUGCAGAGUCUCAGAUGGCUCGGGAUGCUCAGUGAAGAGUCGGUUCCUCACGCUGACACCAUCUUAGCAGCAGUUGCUAAGCAUCUGGAGGCCAAACUGUCUUUCGCUAAAGGUGAGCGCGAUAUGAUCGUCAUGAGGAACGAUGUUGGAAUCAGACACCCAACGGGCGAGCUGGAGACCAAACACAUCAGUCUGGUAGUCUACGGGGAUCCCAAUGGAUACUCAGCCAUGGCCAAAGCCGUGGGCUACCCAGCAGCCAUUGCAGCCCGUAUGGUGCUCAACGAUGAACUGACCACUAAAGGACUCGUGGUGCCGAUGACGAAGAACAUCUACAGUCCGGUUCUGAAGAGACUGCAGGAGGAGGGUCUCCAGUGCAUCACCAAGAGCACCUUAUCAGAGUAACCACACACCUUAAGAUCUCGAAACUCACUCCUUCUGUGCCACACGUGUGUAAUGAAACCCAAACAUCCAUCAAAAGUAGAUUUAGACAGUCUGUAGACGUUGACAAGGAGGUUUAAUUUUUAUUAGUGUUGUCAUAAAUUGGGAGUGUAAAUAAACUCCCACAAAGCACUUUGACACGCAACCAUCCCAUUUCCACUUCCUGGCGUUGAAAAUGAACUUUAUACGCCGUCAGCGUUUUCUUACCCUUGUGCUCAAAGGGUUUAAAUGAACGUCUGCCUCAGUUGAGUUCAAAACAAGCAGUAGCAUCAUAUUUAUGCUAAACAUGAAGUCAUGUUGAUUACUACUGAUAAAAUUAGUCAAAAUGUCAAUUGAAUAUUUCUUAAAUGUGAAACUUGGCACUGUAGUGAAUUCGUUUAGAUUUUUUUUGUUCAAACGUUAAUAUAAAUGUUCAAAACUAGCUUUUGUCCAAUAAAAGUUUUCCUUUCGUUUUAUAUUUCUUGUUUUUCUUCAAAUAAAUAUCAAAUAUAUUGUUUAACAAUUUCAUAAGACAGAAAUGACAGGAUAUUACUGUACCCUUUACCCCCCUCUUUUAUUACAUAAUAAAAUAUGUAAGUUGUCAGAAAAAUUAUAGAAAACAAAUUAGGACAGACAGACGGAUGGAUGGAUGG